AUUGUCAUCUUGGAUACAGAAUAUUAUAUAGCAGAAUCCAUGAGGAUCCUUUCAGAUAAAAAUUUCUAUAGACCCCCUUCUAGAGGACCCCACUCGGGAUUUUAAGAAAUUAUUGUAUGAGCUUAUUUUAUCAGGGUACGAAGGGGGUAUUAUAGAUAAAAAAUUGAAAAUCUUUCUUCAAACUGCACAUCCGUCCACUCCACGUUUUUACUUCCUACCAAAGAUACACAAGUCCUUAACCAACCCUCCAGGUAGGUCGAUCAUAUCAGGGGUUGGGGGCUUAACAGCGAAUUUAUCAGCCUAUGUGGAUAACUAUCUGCAAAGAUAUGUAACAAAGCUCCCUUCUUACAUUAGGGACACUGCUCACCUCAUAACCUCACUAGAAAACUUUCGUUGGGAAGAUGAUUUGAUUUGGGUAACACUAGAUGUGUCAGCCCUUUAUACCAAUAUUAGACAUGAACUGGGUAUCGCUGCUAUAGUCCAUAUGUUGUCCCAGGAUGUACAAAUGCCAGACAGAGUUUUUAUUUGUAAGGCCAUAGAAUUUAUUUUAAAACACAAUUAUUUCACUUUUAAUAAUAUCUUUUAUCUACAAACCCAAGGCACAGCAAUGGGUACGAAAUUUGCGCCAUCCUACGCUAAUUUAUUUAUGGGUAUGUUUGAAGAUAAGAUUGGCUUUCUAUCCCAUCCCAAUAUUAAAUUUUAUCGGAGAUUUAUAGAGGACAUCAUUUUUAUUUGGAAGGGGGAUAGUGCUAAACUAUGUAAAUUUAUUGAGGAACUGAAUUCCAAUGAUUGGAAUCUAACCUUCACCUUGGAAUUUAGCGCCACAUCGGUCAUCUUUUUGGAUCUUAAACUUACCAUAGAGAAUAACAAAAUUAUUACACAAACUCACUUUAAGACGGUCGAUGCAAACAGUUAUCUAGAGUACACGAGUUGUCAUCACUCCAAGUGGAUUAGAAACAUCCCCUUUAGUCAAUUAAAAAGAAUUAGGAGAAACUGCUCUGACGACCGUACGGUAAAAACUCAAAUAGGAUUCCUCAAGAAGAGGUUCAGGGACAAAGGGUACCCAAAAAAAUUAUUGGAAGACUCCAUCAAAAGGAUCUCGAAAACAUCCCAAUUGGAUAGUCUACAACCGAAGGUUGUGAAUUCAGCAUCUGGAACAAAAGACCCUGGCCUGAUGCGGCGUUUGAGUUUGGUCACCAGAUACAGCUCCCAACACAAUCUCAUUCGGGAAAUUUUCAGAAAAAACUGGUCCAUAUUAUUAAAGGAUCCCCUUUUGAAUAAAAGCAUCACACCUACACCUAUUCUGACGUUCCGUAGAGCUAAAACUCUAAAAAAUCUAGUGGCCCCCUCCUGUCCAAAAUUAGAGCACGUCUCGGAUAUGGGGAAAAAAACAAAAGGCACUCCGGGUAUAUUUAAGUGUAAGAGCAGUAGAUGUAAGUGUUGCCUUAUGAUUACUUAUGGCAUUAGCAACAAAGAAUCCCUCGAAUGACGAAAUAAUUGCGUUCAAACAGCAUAUGGACUGUAGCACGAUGAAUGUGGUUUAUCUCCUGCGGUGCUCGUGUUCACUUUUACGUAGGCCGUACUACACAAUCCCUGCGUGAGAGAAUGAACGAGCACCGCUCAAACAUUACGAGGAAAGUACUCACGCACAGUGUCUCCAGACAUUAUGCUAAAAUACAUGAUGGCGACCCUGCAUGCCUACGCGUGACACCUAUUGAACAGGUCACACACUGCUUCCAGGCAUUAUGUAAAAAAUAAAUGUUCUGGAUUUUCCACCUAAACACCCUAACACCCUUUGGUCUUAAUGAGUCCCUGGAAUAUGUUAAUUUUUGAUUUAUAUUUACUGUUCUCUGGAUAUACCCGAUGAAUGAUAUAAUAUUUUAUUCGUUUUUUGGUCCCAUGUCUUUUUUACUUUAUUUUAUGUUAUAUAUAUUUAUUCAUUUAUUAAUAUUUUAUUGGUCUAUAUUCAUAUAUAUCAUUUUUUAUUGAAGGGGGAGUCCAUCUAGUUUUAUAUAUACUCUCUUUAUUUUUAGUAUUAUUAUUAUUUUUGAUUUUUAAUAUAUAACAUUUUUUCACCCCAUUUAUUAUUCCUUAAUGCCUGCCACUUUAUGUGUGAUCACUCCCAUUUUUCUAAAUGGUUCCCCUUCCGGAGGAGUAUAUGGUUAAAAUAUGGAUGCGGUUAUAUAUACACAAUAUUUGGUCUAUACAUCCCUUUGAAACAUCUAGGGCACCGAUAUUGUUAUCCCAGGCUGAACCAAUUAUCCGGUCCAUGGUGUGGCGCAGGAGAGGGCCGAGAUCUCUGUGGAUGGGCGCUGUGCGUUCCACUGUGGAACGCGCCGGGAUCCUCCCCGGAGGUUGCGGUGCGUUCCACGGUGGAACGCACAGGAAGUUACAUUACAGGCCGCUUGCCGGAAGUGGCCUUGCGUUCCACACUGGAACGCAUGGCGAUCCGGUUAUUAUGAGGCCCCUUAUCAUGGCUUGGAGCCAGAUUUAGGGGGUAAUGAGGUAAAACCGGCCUAGACUAUAGAUUAUUUCAGAGUAGGGAGGUGGUCCUUGGGGUUAUUACAACCAUAGAUUCCACCAAUAUUGUCUGAACUUCUACUUCCGGUUUCGGCCCUCUCUCUCAGGGACGCCACCCCAUGUGCUUUCCUUAUUCUAUUUAAGCGUCCAUUAAAGGGGAAGGACAUACAGUGGAACUAUCUCCCUCUGAAGUAUUGGAGACCCCUGUCUAAAAGACCCCUGAAGAAGGGUUAUGAAACCUCCGAAACGCGUUGGGAUAUUUUGUAUUUUUCCUAUAUAAUAAACUGCUAUUGAUCAGAAGCCUCAUCGUUUGGCGGCCAUCAAUCGUUAUCAUCUGAUAUGCGAUCCUGGCUAGGGGGGCAGUUGGUCACGGGUGUCUUGAGCUUCAUCCUGUGACUACCCCCCCUGUGAAGUGAGUACUCUAAUCCUCAGAAUUACUAACUUCCUGCUAAGGAGAUUAUUCUGUAUCGUCACCUGACUAAAGGGGUGAUUGAUUACUUACCCUAUUUAUCUCCUCCAUACUCUUGGGAGUGGCGCCUUCUAUAGUGUUUUCUUUUUGGGUCACGUCUGGUUGGAUCCAUUCAGUUGUUUGGAUCCACUAGACAGGACUCAUCCAAUACUGGUAUCUCUGUAUACCAAGUCAUCUUUUCCA